AUGUCCGUAAUCCUCCGAAGCUCUAAGAGAUUUGUUUCGUCAAAAAUGCGCGCCGUUGUAGUUGAUCAAUUCGGAGACGAGUCCGUUUUGAAUGUCAAAGAGAUCGCUAAUCCUGAGCCCGGGCCAAGUCAAAUUCUUGUUUCAGUCAAAGCAGCUGGAAUAAACCCAGUCGAUACCUACAUUCGCUCUGGAAACUAUCUUCCGUCUAGACUUCCGAAGCUUCCGUACACUCCAGGCGGGGAUGUAUGUGGAGUAGUCGAAGCUGUAGGCGCUGAUGUCAAUGAUUUCAAAGUCGGAGACAAGGUUUACUCGCUUCUUGUGACUGCCUCAGGGGCGUACGCGGAAAAAGCUACAGUCGAAGAGACUUUUGCCGUGAAACUGCAUCAAGGAUUGAGUUUUGAAGAAGGAUCAGCUUUGGGAGUUCCAUACUUUACCGCUUUUCGAGCUAUUAAAACGAUUGGUGGAGCACAAAAAGGCGAAAAACUUCUAGUUCACGGCGCAUCUGGCGGCGUUGGUCUAGCAUGUCUUCAAAUUGGCAAACAUCUAGGGUUAGAAGUUAUCGGCACAGCUGGAUCUGUGAAUGGAGCAGCUCUUGUUGAAUCUCAAGGAGUCAGAUGUUAUCGCCACGAUGAUCCAGACUAUCUUCAGAAAAUGAAGGAAGCAGAGGGCGGCUUCGAUUUGAUUGUGGAAAUGCUCGCGAACAAAAACUUGGAAAACGAUCUUACUAUGCUCAAUACUGGAUCUGGUCGUGUAAUGAUCGUCGGAUGCCGAGGAGAAAUAACAAUUAACCCUCGUUUACUGAUGGGCCCAGAAACUCAAAUCAGAGGCAUCGGACUUACAGCUUUUUGGGAUUUCAAUGAAAAAGACGAGGCCAUGCUAGAAACGAUCAAGUGUUUGGAUGAAAUGGCUUCUCAGAAUUUGGUGAAGCCGAUUCUUGGAAAGAGCUACUCACUUGAUGAUGUUCAAAAAAGCGCAUGCUGA